GGCAAGGAAGCAGGACGUUGUACCUUUCUCAUGGAAUGGAGCAUGCCGCUGUGACAUGGCGGUGCGGAGCAAGAUACUGCUUGGCAUCGAGCAGUACUACCAUGGAAAGGGCAAGGUCUCCUUGCGCUCCAUAGCUGAAGAGCGGGAGGUUCAAUUGACGUUUUCCAAGGGGCCAGUGGUGGUGGCUGCAGUGGGGGAUGCCGGCGCUGGCAAAAGCGGCUUCCUGAACGCCCUGGCUGAAGAGCUGGUACUCAGCACAAGUUCGAAGGAAGCUGUGCAGUGGGUGGUGGGGGAGGAGGUGAAACAUGGACAUUGGCCGGGCUUGCUGGCGCGGGCCGUGGAGAAGUUUCCAAGCUGGGAGCCCAGGGCGACAGCCGCUGUGAAGGCGUGCAAGAGAGUGCCCGGGAGUCGUUUGGACGGGAUCCAGCUGGUAGAAGUCCGCGCUCCCACGCAGCUGGAAGAUCAGGAGGUGAUCGAUUGGUUAUUGGCUCAUGUGGACAUCGUGGUGUGCCUGCUGGACUCACAAGCCAAGCCAAGCGAUGAGCUCAUGGCUUUGUUGUCCAGAACCGCCGCGGCGGAAGCCGCGGCCCAGCUCCACUUCCUCUUCGCCAAAGCGGACCUCGUGCCGCGGGAAUCCGACCGCAUCCGCCUCAUCGCGAAGACCUCCCGCGCAUUGCAGGAAGGCCUGGGCCGAGGCUUCGAGAUCCUCCCCGUGGCCACGGGGGACUUGAAUGUGAUGCUGGACAUCAUCGACGAGGCCGUUUUGGCGGACGCGCCAACCCCGAAAUGGGACGGCGGGCGUUUGCGGACCUGGCGGCUCGCGCAGGACCUACUGAGCCAGCGUGUUCAGCGAGGGCUGGAGGAUUUGCAGUCCGACUGCCAGGCACUCAGGACGGCUUUACGUUCCACAGACGCGCCGCGCGCGGCCUCGCACUUGUUUGCGUGUGGCAAUGCCUUUGCCCUGGCCACAGCGGCCGUUCCCUAUGUUUUGGACGAGAAUGAGGACCCUGCUCUUGUCAAGACUUUCAUGGUCCUGACGAUGGCCUGCGCCGGCAUCUGCCUCUUCUUGGCCUUCCUUUCCUGCCGAGUGAACAAACCCGCGGCCGCCGAGGGAGAGGUCAAGGAGCAGGAGGACUUCCUGUCUUUGGUGGAGCAGCAGUGUGAGGCUUGGAGGAGCCUGGACAACGGGAACGGCGAAGAGCAGGGCGCGGUCCGCCGUGAGCCUCGGCCGAUUCGGGUUUAGCGAUGGAACGGGUGGGCUCCGACU